AUGUUUCAGUUAGCAAUGAACUUGUCGGGUGGUCAAAAACGUAAGCUUUGCGUAUCAAUGGCAGUGAUUGGUGGCAGUCCAGUAGUGUUGCUGGAUGAGCCGACAGCUGGAAUGGAUCCGGGAGCUCGUCGAGACGUGGAGAGCUUGUUGGAGAGCAUCAAAGUUGAUAGAACUGUUUUGCUUACUACGCACUACAUGGACGAAGCAGAAUUACUUGGCGAUCGAGUAGCCAUUAUGGCCAAGGGACGAGUUUAUUGUUGUGGAACACCUCAAUUUCUCAAAAAGAGGUUCGGUACUGGGUACGUAAUGACAGUCGUGAUACAAGAGAAAGCAAACGCACAAUACACGGCUUCAAGAUUAACCGAAAUUGCAUCACAAUUUGUUCGUGGUGCAUCCAGGGGAAAUGUGCACGGAAAGCAUUUCCCCGAGUUGUUCGAGUAUCUCGAAAAAUCAAAAGAUGCUCUGCAUAUUAGCAGCUUUGCAUUGUCGUUGAACACCUUGGAGCAGGUAUUUCUCAAAGUAGCUGAGCAAACUGACCCAACCGCUAUGAUUGAUUUUGUCGACGCUACCAUAAGCCGUAGUGAAGAACUGAUCCAAGCCCGGAGGGAUCAUGAUUUGGGGUUUAGUGGAACGCCACGAAGGAUGUGCCCUUUUAUGUGA